CAGGGGUCCUCGUGAUGUAAACAAGGGUCCUCUCACAAAAUCUGGAGACGAGCUGCACAAUGGUAACCUGAGAGAAAAAAAAAGGAAAGAAAAAAUGAAAAUACCCAAAAGAAAGCUAUUUCUUUUAAUUAUUUUUGCGUAUGUGGCAUUUUCACUCUACGCUGCAUACAAUGUUUUCUUCAGCACCAAAGUAAUAUCCCGUGUUCACAGGGUAGUGAAGAAAGAGACCGGAGCACCCUCGGGUGGUGUGAGAGAUGGCGGUGCUGCUCCAUUUUUAGCCGAGGAUUGGAAUCCGUGGGAGGAUGAGCAAGUGGAGUACAACUCUGCCCUGAACAAAAAGAGAGAGGCUUUCAAACAGCACCUGUCUCGAAUUGACAAGAAUAAACCCAAAAGAUACAAGGUCCAAAUCUGGGGUAAAGCUGCCAUAGGGCUUUACCUUUGGGAACAUAUUUUAGAGGGACCCCUUAAUCCGACUGACAAGGUUGCACAAUGGAGGGAGGGAGAGCUGCAGUCAGGAAAGAUUGAUUUCAGCUUCUAUACAGGUCCUGCUGUGGUCCAGGGUCACGUCCCUCAGGACAUGAACAGUCUGAUUCUGGUUCUGAAUGGCCGGGAGCAGCAGAAGGUGUCUUACUCCACACGGUGGCUUGAACAUGUUCAAGCUAUGGUGCAGUCCCACACAGUGUCACAUGUGGCAGUGGUUCUGCUGGGCAAUGAGCAUUGCAACAACAACUGGAUAAGCCCGUACUUGAAGAGAAACGGUGGCUUUGUGGAUCUGAUGUUUCUGGUGUACGACAGCCCGUGGGUCAACGACAAGGAUGUCUUCCAGUGGCCUCUUGGUGUUGCCACAUACAGGCAGUUUCCUAUGAUCAGGCCCAAUGCCCAGCUUAUCACCUCCAACAGACCAUACCUCUGCAAUUUCCUAGGAACUGUUUACAAAAAUUCCUCCAGAGAAACGCUCAUGCAGGUGCUGAAACAAUCUGGCCUGGAUAAGGAAUGCAUCACUGCCGCCAGGGAUAAGUGGCUCCCUCAGGAGACAUCAGAUAGUCUGAGACGCUAUCAGACAGCUUUAGCCCAGAGCGAGCUCACUCUCUGCCCUGUCGGGAUCAACACGGAGUGUUAUCGCAUCUACGAGGCCUGCUCUUACGGUUCAGUGCCCGUGGUGGAGGACGUACUGACACCUGGGACCUGUGCGGCCGGGCCCAGCUCCCCACUGCGUCUGCUCAAAGCUGCAGGUGCGCCCUUCAUCUUCAUCAGCGACUGGAAAGAACUGCCGGCCAUUUUGGAGAGGGAGAGAGGAAUGAGCCAGGAGCAGAGGGUGGACAGGAGGAGGAGGCUGCUGGAGUGGUACGCCAGCUUCCGUCAGCAGAUGAAGGAGAGGUUCACAGAGGUCAUCGAGGAGACUUUCUUCAAAAGCGGCUGACCGCGGUGCUUCAGUAACAAAACUUUAAAAGAUUAACAGGGGUAGAUGUUCAAUAUUGAUUUUAUUUAUUUUGUGGUUUGUGGAGAAAUGUGACACACUACUGGUGAAGUGAACAUGAUUAUGUUCAGUGUAAUAUUCUUUGUGCAGGUUAUUAUAAAACAGAUUGUAUGUUUAGUAAAGCAUUAAAGCUGCCAUUAAUAAUUAAUUGAUAUUUAUCAUCUUAAUGUUUACAAUGGUGGAAAGUCCAGGUUUUGUAGAAAUAAUAAAUUGCCUUUGCAUUUUAAACUGUUCACAUUAUUUCCACUGUGUUUUAUAUCUUUGUUUGUAUGCUAUUAGUAUUGUGAUUUUUUAACCCUAAACACUAGGUGUAGAAUGCGACAAUAAUGUGAUAUAGGCCUUGUUUGAAAGUGGAACAUAGAGCUGUUUUGUAUUGUGAGCAGCUUCAAAAUGGAUGUUGUUGCUUUGGCAUGAGUUGCUUUUCUGUUCAAAACAUAACAACUGGUGCCCCGGUGGCUCACUUGGCGGAGCAGUGCCCCGUAUGCAGCGGCUGUUUCAUCGGGUUCGAGUCUGACCUGUCGCCCUUUGCUGCAUGUCACCCCCCCCCCCAUCCCAUUUCUUGUCAUCUUUCUCCUUAGCUGUACUCUCUAAUGAAGGCAUGAAAAGACCCCAAAACAUAAAUUAAAAAUACAACAACUUAACUAGAAAAACAUCUAUUCUUUGUUAUAUUUAUUUAUGUGCAGUGCUGCAUGGAUUUUGUAAGAAAGUGCAAUAAAAUAAACUGAAGAGAAGUUAA